UUAAUAUUUUUAGUAUGUACAAAGCAAAACAAUAACUUAUAAACAAAUAAACACGUAAAUAAUCACGAUAAUGUCUGAAACGUGGGGCAUAACCGGGAUAUGUAGAUGUUGUCACACUAGAGGCACAUUUAGAAGUCUAAAUGAGCCCUAUAAUUAUCAGGGGCGCGAUGAAAUAUUUAAUUAUAUGCUUCAGAACACUUUUAAUAUAACUAUACAACCAGUAGUAGACAGUGCUAAAAUGUUUUACACAAUAUGUGAAGAUUGUAUACCGAGGUUGAGAGAUGCGGAGACGUUUCGACAGUUAGUUAUGUCCAGCGAAGACAGGUUUAUGCAGUAUUAUAACGAAUAUCUAUUAAAAGAUAUGAAGAUGGAGAAAGUUGAAGCAACGGAAACUCAAGCAGACAAUUCCGAUGGUGAUAAAUAUCAAUUGGAUGUGAUGGAUAUGGAUGACGAACCGUUGGUAUAUUUGAAGAGUCAAGAAGUAAAACCUGUCGCAGGCUGGAUCGCACCACAUCAAACGGACGAUGGCGACAGAAAACCGGACAACGCGAAAAAGUAUACCUGCGACGUAUGCCAAAAGAAGUUCACCUACCACGGUUCCCUAGAAAUGCACAUACAGACACACAAAACGGAGAAAACGUACACGUGCAUAUUGUGCAAGGAAACGCACAAACGGAACAAAGAAUUAAUUAAGCAUAUCACGGAGGAGCACGGUGAUAACAACGUGUUUACAUGUAGCUUGUGUCGCAUCAGUUUCGAUACAGCUAGACUGUUGAGAAAGCAUUUCGCGGUACACACGGACAAAUUCAAGUGCAGCCAUUGUGAAAAGGAGUUCGGGAAGAAGAAGGGACUGAAGGAGCAUCUGAAGACGCACACGGGGGAGAAAAAAUUUGCUUGUAAUAUAUGCAAUAAGUCGUUUGGGCACAAUCAAACGUUGAAAUCGCAUAUUUUGACGCACACCGGCGAGCGCCCGUACAUAUGCGACAUAUGCGGGCGCAGCUUCCCCCAACGCACACACCUGAAGCGGCACAUACACGUCACGCACACAGGCGCCAAGCCGCACGCGUGCGCGGUCUGCGCCAAGAGAUUCUCCAGCAAGAGCUAUUUGCGAAUACACGAGCGACAACACACGGGCGAGAAGCCGUACAGCUGCGACGUGUGCGCGAGGCGGUUCCGUGCGUACACCACGCUGAAAGUGCACAUGCGUGUACACACGGGCGUGAAACCGUACCUCUGCUCGUUCUGCGAUAGGCAGUUCGCGCAGAUGGCCAGCUUCAAGCUGCACGAGCGGACGCACACGGGCGAGAAACCGUACGCGUGCGCGGUGUGUAAGAAAUCGUUCGCUGACAGCGGGUACUUGAAGAUCCACAUGCGUAUACACACGGGCGAUAAGCCGUUCGAGUGUUGCGUCUGUAAGCGCGCAUUUCGCGAGACGGGGCAGCUGAAGCGGCACAUGCGUGUACACACGGGCGUGAAAGCGCACACGUGUAAAGUGUGUAAUAAGCAAAUUGGGAACUUGUCGAAACAUAUGCGGGUACAUGCGGGUAUAGAGGAGAGGUAUAACUGUGAUUUCUGCGAUAAAAAGUUCGCUGUGAAUGGUAGCAUGAAGUUGCAUUUGAGUGUACACACGGGAAAGAAACCGUUCAGAUGCGGAAAGUGCGAAACGCAGUUUUCGCAAAGUGGUAGUCUGAAGAGACAUAAGUGUAGCGAGAAGUGAAUAAACUAUAUUUAUAU